AUGCCUAAAGAGCAAUAUCGUGAGACAAACUUCGGCAGAAAGAUUUCCCAUGUAACCUUCAAUGUGGACAGUGCAUCUGACAUCCAGCAGGCGGCACAUAUCCAGGUCAUAACAAAAAAUUUGUAUGCCCAGGAUGGUCAGAGGGUCCCAGCCAGCUAUGGCGUACUUGAUAGGAGAAUGGGUACAAAUCAGAAGAAUGCCAACUGUGACACAUGUGGACUGGGCCUAGCUGAGUGUGUGGGCCAUUAUGGCUACAUAGAACUGGCAUUGCCAGUAUUUCAUGUUGGAUAUUUCCGGUCUAUAAUCACCAUACUGCAGACAAUAUGUAAGAAUUGCGCCAAAGUAAUGCUCCAAGACACAAUUAAGAAGUCUUUCCGCCGCAAAUUCAUGAAUCCCGAACUGUCAUAUCUCCACAAGAAAAACCUCCGAGCUGCUGUAUUAAAGAAAGCAAAAACUUGCACAAAAUGCCCAUACUGCGAAGCCUUGAACGGUAUUGUAAAGAAAAGUCCUGCAGGUAUUUUGAAGAUUAUACACGAUAGGUAUAGGACGAAGAAACCCACAGACCCUAUUGUCCAGAAGGUUCUAAAGGAGUUCAAUGAAGCUAAGGAGUCAAAUAAAGAGUUGGCGACUAUGAUCAAUAGUGGAUUGAUUAUUGAGCUAAGUCCUCUAGAGGUUAUAAAUCUAUUCCGCCGUAUCCCGGACGAGGACGUAUCGCUAUUAGGGAUGAACGUUAAAAGCUCUAGGCCGGAAGAUUUGAUCCUCACACGAUUGCCCGUACCGCCGUUGUGCAUUCGACCUAGCGUCGCUUCUGACAUUAAAGCAGGAACUAACGAAGAUGAUCUGACUAUGAAGCAGUCAGAGAUUCUCCUCAUCAACGACGUGAUCUCCCGCCACGUGGCCAGCGGUGGUAAGAGCGACCUCGUCCAGGAAGAUUGGGACUAUCUGCAACUGCACGCCGCUCUCUACAUCAACAGUGAAAUGUCGGGCAUCCCUCUCUCCAUGCAGCCGAAGAAACCCGGGCGGGGGCUAGUGCAGCGCCUUAAAGGUAAACAGGGCCGAUUCCGCGGCAACCUGUCCGGCAAGCGAGUAGACUUCUCGAGCCGCACCGUCAUAUCUCCUGACCCCAACUUGCAGAUCCAAGAGGUAGGAGUUCCAGUCCACGUAGCCAAGAUCCUGACAUAUCCGGAGCGAGUGUUCCCGGCCAACUUGCAUUGGCUGCGGCAACUAGUGUGUAACGGCCCGGACAUCCACCCCGGAGCUAACUACGUCCAGCAGCGAGGCUUCAGCCAUAAGAAGUAUCUUAAGUACGGUAAUAAGGAGAAGAUCGCACAGGAGUUAAAGUGCGGCGACAUAGUGGAGCGGCACCUGGUGGACGGGGACGUGGUGCUGUUCAACCGGCAGCCGUCUUUGCACAAGCUGUCCAUCAUGUGUCACAGGGCACGCGUGCAACCACAGCGCACCUUCAGGUUCAACGAGUGCGUGUGUACGCCGUACAACGCCGAUUUCGACGGCGACGAGAUGAACAUGCAUCUGCCGCAAACUGAGGAGGCCAGGGCCGAAGCUCUCAUCCUUAUGGGGAACAAAUCGAACCUAGUGACCCCUCGCAACGGCGAGCUCCUGAUCGCGGCGACGCAAGACUUCAUCACCGGCGGCUACCUCAUCACCCAGAGGGACACCUUCUUCACCAGGGAGGAGGCCCAACAACUGGCUUGCUGCCUGCUGGCCGGCCCAGACAGUAGCAUGAGAAUCGACAUGCCACCGCCCGUCAUACUGAAGCCCAGGAUGCUGUGGACUGGCAAGCAGAUAUUUAGUUUAAUAUUGAAGCCUAAUAAGCGCUGCGAAGUGAAAGCGAACCUGGAAACAAAGGGCAAGAACUACACGGCCAACCAGGACAUGUGUGUGCAGGACUCGUAUGUAAUAAUAAGAAACUCGGAUCUGGUGUGCGGUUCGAUGGAUAAGAGCACUCUGGGCUCCGGCACUAAGAACAGCAUCUUCUACAUUCUGCUGAGGGACUGGGGCGAGGAGUAUGCUGUCAGGAGCAUGUGGAGGUUAGCGCGAAUGGCUUCUUACUACAUGAUGAACCGUGGCUUCAGCUUCGGCAUCAUAGACGUGACGCCGGGCAAAAAGCUUAUAGACGCCAAGAACAAACUUUUAGAGUCCGGUUACUCCAAGUGUGACGGGUACAUCCUGGAGAUGGAAAAAGGCACUCUGCAGUGCCAGCCCGGCUGCACCAUGGAGGAAAGCCUGGAGGCUGUCAUGCUCAGCGAACUUAGCAGCAUCAGAGAGUUGGCCGCUAAAGCUUGUUUCCGAGAGCUUCACCCUACGAACGCACCCCUAAUAAUGGCACAGAGUGGAUCAAAAGGCUCAAACAUCAACAUAUCGCAAAUGAUCGCGUGCGUGGGCCAGCAGGCUUUGAACGGGAAGCGUGUACCCAACGGGUUUGAGGACCGCUCGCUGCCACACUUCGAAAGACAUUCGAAGAUUCCAGCGGCGCGUGGUUUUGUCGAAAACAGUUUCUACUCUGGCCUGACGCCCACGGAAUUCUUCUUCCACACGAUGGGCGGCCGAGAGGGGCUUGUCGACACGGCUGUCAAAACUGCUGAGACGGGCUACUUACAACGACGACUUGUAAAGUCGCUGGAAGACCUGGUGCUGCACUAUGACAUGACGGUGCGCAACGCCACCAGCGAAGUGGUGCAGUUCCGCUACGGCAGCGACGGGCUCGACCCGUCCUACAUGGAAGACCGCGAUCGCCCCGUGAACCUCGGCCGGGUACUGGCACACGUCCGAGCCCUGUGCCAGUCAAGAGAUGAGGAGCCUCUGGACGGCGACGGCAUCGUGGUGGCUGCGGAAGAAACCCUCGCGUUGGACGACUUCAAGACUUGCCCUAAAGAGUUCAAAGCUGAAAUGCUAACGUUCCUGAAGAAGAUCGCUAACCGCGUGCGUAUCCUACGGGGCAAGUACGCGUCGUGCGGCGCCGUGGCGCACCAACUAGAGCGGUUGACGCUGACGCAGCUUGUGCGUUUCAUCCGCGUGUGCCACGACAAGUACCAGCGCAGCGUCAUCGAGCCCGGCACCGCCGUCGGCGCGCUCGCCGCACAGAGUAUCGGCGAGCCUGGCACCCAAAUGACCCUCAAAACUUUUCACUUCGCUGGCGUCGCUUCCAUGAACAUCACUCAGGGUGUCCCUAGAGUCAAGGAGAUCAUCAACGCGUCCAAGAACAUCUCCACUCCCAUUAUCACAGCGGAACUCAUACACCCACUGGAUCAGGAGUUCGCGAGAAGAGUCAAGGGGAGAGUGGAAAAGACUACCCUGGGUGAAAUAACAACGUACAUAGACGAGGUGUAUCUACCGCACGAAUGCUUCUUGCUCGUCAGACUUGACGCGGAGCGUAUUCGACUUCUGUGUUUAGAGGUCAACGUCCACUCCAUUGUUUACUCGAUAUGCACAUCAAAGCUCAAGGUCAAACCGGCGAACGUGCAGGCUGUAUCGGAAUGGGCGAUCAAGGUGUACGCGGACCCCGGCAAGCACGGCGGCUGGCUCAACAUGGCCUUGCAGCAGCUGGCGAGGCAGUUACCCGCAGUGGUUGUGAAGGGCCUAACCAGGGUGUCUCGGGCGGUCAUAGCUUGCGAUGACUCUGGGUCCAUUAACAGAUAUAAAUUAUGCGUUGAGGGCGACGGCUUACGGGACGUAAUCGCAACAUACGGUAUCGAUGGAAGGAAAACCUCUUCCAACAAUAUUCUUGAGGUGUACCAAACGCUGGGCAUCGAAGCCGCCGCGACCACCAUCAUGAGCGAGAUCGAGGCGGUGAUGGCAGGCCACGGCAUGGCGGUGGACCGCCGCCACGUGGCGUUGCUGGCGGCGCAGAUGUGCGCGCGCGGUGAAGUGCUCGGCAUCACGCGCUACGGACUCGCGAGGAUGAAAGAGUCCGUGCUCAAUCUGGCAAGCUUCGAGAAGACGGCGGACCACCUGUUCGACGCGGCGUACUACGGGCAGCGGGACCGCAUCGAGGGCGUGUCCGAGUGCAUCAUCGUGGGCGUGCCCGCCGGCAUCGGCACCGGCGUGCUGCAGCUGCUGCACCGCCACGCGCAGCCGCCCGCCGCGCCGCCGCCCGCGCUGCUGUUCGACCGGCCCGCGCACCACGCCUCCAUCUGGGAAUAAACUACUGCACGCUUA